AUGGUCAAUUAUAUUGAGUGGACAUUUCAUGAGCCCGAAGAAGGAGUCUUUCGCUUUGAUGGCGACUACGAUAUCAUUAAAUACCUGCAAACGGCUCACGAAUUGGGACUUUUGGUUAACCUGAGAACCGGUCCGUAUAUCAAUGCCGAAAGGGAUUUGGGAGGACUUCCGUAUUGGCUGUUGUCUAAGAAUCCAAACAUGAAAUUAAGGACAUCUGAUCCGACAUAUCUAUCAGCUGUGGACAAAUGGUUUUCACUAUUGUUGCCAAAGUUGGCGCCCAUGUUAUACAUAAACGGCGGACCCGUUAUUAUGGUUCAGAUAGAAAAUGAAUACGGAAGUUAUUACGCCUGUGAUUUUGCAUACGUCGACCAUUUGAGGGACUUUCAUAUCAAACACUUUGGCCGUGAAGUCCAACUCUUUACUACCGACGGAAACGCCGACUACUUUCUAAAGUGCGGCAAAAUAGACGGCGUGUUCGCAACCGUUGACUUUGGGUCCGGCCUUAAUAAUAAUGUUGUCCAAUCGUUUGCGGCCCAACGCGCGCACCAACAGUUCGGUCCGUACGUCAACUCCGAGUUCUACACGGGUUGGAUAGACCACUGGGAAGAGCCCCACUCAACAGUUAGUUCGGCCCAAACAGUCGAUUCUUUGGAUAAGAUGUUGGCCUUUAAUGCUUCUCUCAAUCUCAAAAUUAUUUUUCUUNACACGGGUUGGAUAGACCACUGGGAAGAGCCCCACUCAACAGUUAGUUCGGCCCAAACAGUCGAUUCUUUGGAUAAGAUGUUGGCCUUUAAUGCUUCUCUCAAUCUUAAUCUCUAUAGUUAUCCACUUUGCGGGGGCACCAACUUUGGAUUUGGCUCCGGCGCUAAUCAGGGCAAUAACGGACAGUAUAUCCCAUGCAUUACUAGUUAUGAUUUUGAUGCUCCGCUUACCGAAGCCGGAGACCCGACACAGAAGUACUUCGAUGUCCGCAAUUUUAAAUCGCUGAAAAUGACUAUAAAGUGUAAUCAUUACUUACCCCUCCCUAACGGCACAUUACCGGCACCGGCGCCUAAAAUGGAGACCAAACCCAUUGUUAUGAAACCAGUGCUGAAUAUAUACGAUAUUAUCAAAUCUCAAACACCCAUUGAGUCGACACUUCCGAAGACUUUUGAAGAAUUGCGAGUUAGAGACGGGUUUAUACUCUACUCCACAAACAUUACAUUCAUUCCUUCAGAUCCGGCAGUUUUGACGGUUAAUGGACUCAAAGAUAGGGCUCAAGUGUUUGUUAAUAAAGUAAAUACUUACCACUGGGAAGAGCCCCACUCAACAGUUAGUUCGGCCCAAACAGUCGAUUCUUUGGAUAAGAUGUUGGCCUUUAAUGCUUCUCUCAAUCUUUAUCCACUUUGCGGGGGCACAAGCUUUGGAUUUGGCUCCGGCGCUAAUCAGGGCGAUAACGGACAGUAUAUCCCAUGCAUUACUAGUUAUGAUUUUGAUGCUCCGCUUACCGAAGCCGGAGACCCGACACAGAAGUACUUCGAUGUCCGCAAUGUUAUCGGAAAAUACUUACCCCUCCCUAACGGCACAUUACCGGCACCGGCGCCUAAAAUGGAGACCAAACCCAUUGUUAUGAAACCAGUGCUCAAUAUAUACGAUAUUAUCAAAUCUCAAACACCCAUUGAGUCGACACUUCCCCUGACUUUCGAAGAAUUACGAGUUAGAGACGGGUUUAUACUCUACUCCACAAACAUUACAUUCAUUCCUUCAGAUCCGGCAGUUUUGACGGUUAAUGGACUCAAAGAUAGGGCUCAAGUGUUUGUUAAUAAAAAAUAUGCGGGAACUUUGAGUCGGACUCGAAAUCUAUUUACAAUAGGAUUGGAUAUAGAGUUUGGAUCACAACUGGAUUUGUUGGUCGAAAAUCAGGGAAGACUUUGUACUGGAAAUGUUUUCGGAGAAUCAAAGGGCAUCACAUCUAACGUGACAAUUGGUCCGCAAAUGUUAGGGAAUUGGAAACAUUAUUUGUUAUUCAAGAAUUGGACCGAAAGUGUGGCACAUAUUCAGGAUUCUUCACAUCAAUUGCCGAUCAAAAAGAGUUCAUUUGAAAGGAUUCCUGGAUUUUAUUUCUCUGAGUUUGUGUUGUCUGACAAUAAGGACUACCCUUUGGAUACAUUCCUACGUUUGGACGGUUGGCGUAAAGGAAUUCAUAAUUGUCGUCAAUUGGUUUGA